UAAAAAAAAAAUUAAAUGUCAUGCCCAUAAGUAAUAUGUUUAUCCAAUCAGGUAUAAAAGGCUUUAUAUUGACAUAUGGCAAUACUUGUACAGCCUUAAUUAAAUAAUCUAUGCAAUCUUUUGUGCUUGCAUUCAUCAGUCCUGAUCAGAUGAGCAGCCCUAUAGAUCGGUGAAACUGUAUACAAUGUGUGCCAAAUGGCUGCUUAUGGAAACGUUGUGUAGUGAAUUAAAAGAGCAUCACUGUUAAGACCGCAGCUUUGCCUUGGACACGUUUUAGUUUAAAACCACAAACCAACCAGAUAUCACUUUCUUCUGAUUGCGUCGCAUCCUGCAGCUCGCUACAACGUUCUGAUGAAUAGAUACUGCUAUUUACUUUUGCACGUUGCACAAGACUUAGAGCCAAUACAAUAAGUAAAAAUUGAAGAAAAAAAAAUCUAUAAAAAACAGAAAGUAAUGAGAUUACAUUAUGUAGUUAAAAAUAAGGUUUUCUGAUGAAAAUAUGGCAUUGUAUAAAAACUAGAGAACAUGGCUUCUUCACCUGUGGUUUCCAUUCACUAAUCACCAGUUUAACUGGAAGGAAGUGAAGUGUUGAUGUCAGAGCCGCAUGCCAUCCACCCACCGCCCUCACUGUCAUUAAUAGCCUUUGGGCUGUAAGCAAACCGCUAUUGAUUUUAACCACUUGGUUACAUUUUGGAAUUUAUUUUGGGAUGAUAUUUUUAUGAAGUUAGUGGUUAGUCCAGUUUACAAAUACUGUACAAUCAACUUUGUGAUUAGGAACUGAAGGACUACAACAGCCAUGUUUUCUGCAGAAUCUGGAUAUAUGUUUAUCAUUUUCACCCUGUACAUCUCAGGAGUUCAUGGACGAUCAAACAGCAUCUGUGCCUUAAAAGGUUCAUCAGUGGAUCUGCCCUGCUCAGCUCAACGUCCCACAACAAGCAUGAAGUGGUACACUGUACACCGGGACAGAUCUAAAACUGUUCAGAAGGAGCUCUCUGCAGAUGAAAAUCGGGUGACGUACAACAUGUCUGCAGAGAGUAACUUCACUCUAACAAUCAAAGAUCUGAGAGAGAGCGAUGCAAAUGUUUACUGCUGCAGAGAGACUACUGACGACCCAGAACUCUGCUGGCACAACAGAACUGAGCUCCAUGUUGCAGACCUGCAGGUAAAGGUGAUUCCUGCCACAGAGGGACAGACAGUGACACUGAUGUGUAGCACCAGCUGUCCUCUGACUGAAAACCCUGCCGUCUACGUCUGGUACAAGAACAGAGAGUUCCUCUAUCAGGACUGGUCUCCAUGGUACCAACAGCUGGUCAGCAGUGAGAAAGCAGUCAGGUACUCCUGUGCUAUCAAAGGCUACGAGGAUCUCAGAGCCCCUCAAGUCUCAGUGGAUUCUGUCACGUCGACCUGCUUCAGUGUGACCUAUGGUGAAGGGAAAAUGUGUUCUUAUAAGACGACGUCAGAGGAAGAGCCGUGCUCCAUCACAUAUCCCAGAGAAGUACAUGUUCAAAGAAGUCCUGCAGCUGACCAGAGCCAUGUCACAAUGACCUGUAACACAAGCUGUCCUCUGAGUGACUUUAUUUGGUAUAAGAGCAGACAUGUAGUACAGAAGAAAACAUUUGUAGUUCCCAAAACCUCUUCUGAAAGCUACUCCUGUGCUGUAAAAGGCCUCGAGGAUCUGCGCUCUGCUGAAGUCUGUGCAAAGGAUGGGAACUGCUUGAUUGUGAAUUACAUCCGCAGGAGAAUCUGUGCUCUACGAGGUUCUUCAGUGAACAUUUCAAGUGAAUACUUUUCCCCCAAUUACCAACCAAAGGCUAAACUAUGGUUUAAAAUAAAGAGAAGUGGGAAGGAGGAAGUGGUAGAGCAAAUUAAGUCUGUACCUCGUAUGAUGUAUCAUGACAAUUUUGAGAAUAACCACAUCCUAAGAAUCAGUCACCUGAAGAAGAUUGACUCAGCGGAAUACACAUUCAGACUCCACAGUGAGGACCAAGGAUUGAGACCCGGAGUGAGUUUGGUUGUCACAGGUCUGAGAGUGAAGUUUACUCCCUCUGCAGCGGUGACAGAGGGCCAGAGAGUCACACUGAGCUGCAUUACCAGCUGUCCUCUGACUGACAACACAAAGUACAUUUGGUACUUGAACAGUCGACCUUUGACCCUGAUAGAGAAGCAAAACAAACACCUGGUUCUGGACCCACUCAGCAGUCAGCAUGCAGGGAAUUACUCCUGUGCCGCCACAAAUCUCCAAAACAUCAGCUCUAAUGAAAAGACCCUUACUGUCCAGAGUAAAAUGGGAAAAUGGACGCAAGCGGCAACAGUUUGUGCUGCUCUCCUGGUUAUUAUACCCCUCGCUGCCUUCUGGUGGAUCAGAAGAAAGAGGACCUCCAGUCAAUCUCCUAGAACUGAAACAUCAGACAACCUGGAGCAGCUAAACCUUGGUCCCCCGCGUCAUGACAUCUCGGCUCAACCAACAGAGGAGGAAGAAGUUCAUUAUAGCAGAGUUCACCUCCCUCAGAACCAAACAGACUCUCUCUACAGCACAGUCCUGCCACAUCCGCCUCAAAAACAAGAGGACACCCCCUAUGCUGUCAUCAACUUCAGACCCAACAUGACCCUUGAGUAACCAUCACUUGCUGUUACUGUACAACUGAUAAGGCUGAGUCUUUUUAAAGGAUAUUUUUUAUGAAUAGUGUA